AGCCAACUAUGUAUCUAUUUCCCUUAUUGCAUUACAUGGGUUGUGUGAAGAUUACCUCACUUGCGACAUUGCUUUCAAUGCGGUUAUGCCUCUAAGUCGUGCUUCGACACGUGGGAGAUAUAGACGCAUCGACGGCGUUACAAGUUAACAGAGUAGCUAGUUGAUGAUGUAGUCAGCAGAGUAGUUAGCAGGGUACUGUACUUGGAGAGAUCAGUUUGCAUUGGUUUGACAGUGAAGUUGACUGGUUUUCAGAACUUGACAGUGGUUUUGAGAAGGUGUUUGUUGUUUUCAGAGUGUACUGUACUGUAUUGUAGCAAUUAUAAUGUUGAUUACUCUAUUUUAGUGCUCUGUUUUAGGAAUUAUGCAUUUUUUACAGUACAUUGGUGCUCUGUUUUAGUGCUCUGUUAAUUAAGCUAUUUUAAUUAUUUGUGUGUAAUUUGAACGAUGAUGUUUGGGAUGUUAGAAUGCACUUCCAUGACAGAGACAACUUGGAGAGAUCAGUUUGCAUUUCAGACAUAACAUAUUAUAAUUUGGUUGCCCUAAUAGAGACAGAGGGAUAUGGGCUUAAUGAUUUCAUGUAUUUUGUGAGGGAUCCUGGUGUGGGGAUUACAGGAAUGGAUGAAAUUUGUGAUGAUGAUAAGGUGGAUGAAAUGCUUGACCAUAUUGCUAACAAUGAUCAGCAUGUAGUGAACUUGACAGUGGUUAGGGGCACUGAUCCAAGACCUGCAGAUUUGAACUCAGGCUAUCUGGUUGAGGAGCAGGUUCCUUUGAGCCAUAUAGGAGAGAACCCUGUGUAUGUAGUAAAUCCUUCUGGUGUUCUCUUAAGAUCACCACCAAAAAGUAUAAUACAGAGUUAGACAGAGCCAUUGCAGUUCUACACUACACAGCAGAGCACAAACCAUGAUCUGGAUACAAAUGCUGCCAUGGAACAAUCCAAUCCAGCAGACCAGGAUGAACUGGAGACAUUAAUGGAGUUGAAGAGGAGAACAAAGAUUGCCAAAUUUAGGAAACAUAAGAUUGCAGCUGAGCAUGUAAAUAAGGUUAAGCAGAAGCUACCAAUUCUUCUAACUGAAGAUGAUUCAGAUCUGGAUGCAGAUGAAGACUAUCUUCAGAGGCUUAAUGAGAUGAGGCAGCAAAGAGAGGAUCCACUCAUUCAUUUUGAUGGAGACACUGAUGUGGAUGAAGUGUAUGAGGAAGAUGAGGAAGGGCAACAUGUAGAGGUGGAGCAACAGGAGCAGGUGGAGCAAGAUGAGCAGGUGGAGAAGCAAGAGGUGCCUACAAAGAAGAAGAAAGCUAGAAAAGGGCCAACAGAGAGGUCACAUUCUAGCUUGGAACAGAGAUUUGAGGAUGUCUGGGCACCAUCAUCAGAUGAGGAGCCAGAUCUUGGUGUUUUGAAGCGGGAAUAUGAUGAUGGAGCUGAGGAAGUACAAUUUAUUCUGCCCAAUGGAAGGAAGAGCAGAUCAGUGAGAUCUUUGCCAAGGAUCUGGUACAGUGAGGAGAGAGAGAACCCAGAGGAGCAGUUUUGCAGAAAAAUUUGUUUCCUCAAUGUGUAUCAGUUUAGGAGAGCAAUUCAGACAUUGCACAUAACUCAGAAUAGGAAUUAUGAGUUCCACAGAAAUUGCAAUGAUAGCAUCAUAGUUGUGUGCACAAAUGCAAGAUGCCCUUUCUUUAUUGCAGCUUCUGUUGUUGCAAAUGAGACUACUUUUUGCAUAAGGAAGGCAAAUUUUGUGCACACAUGCCCAGCAGUAGGAGAGAACACCAAGGUCACUGCAAAAUGGGUUGCACACCAGUGUGAGGCAGUGAUGAGAGUUGAUAUUGGUACACCAGUCACCACAAUAAUGCAGACACUGAAGAAGAAAUAUGGAAUAGAGAUGUCCACCCAUAUGGCCUAUAGGGCUAGGAAGCAAGCAUUGAAGGUUGUCCAAGGAGAUCAGAGAGGACAAUACACUAGAAUAAGAGAUUAUUUGUAGGCUGUGUUGGAUACAAACCCAGGCUCUAGAUGUAUUGUUACUACUAGGCAUGUACCAGAGCACCCAAGCAAAAACCCUAGGUUUCAUGGCCUCUUUUUCUGUCUAAGUGCUUGCAAAGAAGGGUUUUUGAAUGGAUGCAGACCAUUCAUAGGUACAUUUCAUUUACUAAGAUGUGAAUUGUUUAUGUGCUCACAUUACAUACACUAUGUUCUCACAAUUGUCAGCUUUGCAGGGGUAGAUGGUUAUUUUAUCAAGCUGUCAACAGGUCAACAGAUCCUUGCUGCAACAGGAAGGCAUGGGAACAAUAAUAUCUACCCUAUAGCAUUUGGAGUUGUUGACAAAGAGGACAAAGAUAGCUGGACCUGGUUCUUAACACAGCUUAAAGAUGCACUUGGUGGAGAAAGUGGGAAGUUUGGUUAUUAUACCAUCAUCUCUGAUAGGCAGAAGGUAAACUUCUCUUCUCAUACAAUAUUGCAAUAGGUUUCAUGGUUUCAUAUGCACAUUGCUAUAGCUUCAUUGUUUCAUUGUUUAUAGGACCAAUGCUUAGCUUUAUUUCCCAUUGUUUCAAACAGGGGCUUUUAAAUGCAAUAAACCAUGUUUCCCCAAUUGUCCAUAAAGAUUCUGCCUUAGACAUAUCUAUCAGAAUUCCCAAACUGCUGGUUUUAGAGGUGAUGAAUUAAAGAAACACAUGGAUGCAGCUAGCUACUCUUAUACUGAGAAUGAACACCUUGAUGCAAUGAAUGCUUUGAAAAGAGAGUGUAAGGCUGCUUGGACAUGGCUUCACAAAAUCCCUGUUCAUACUUGGGCUAGGCAUGCUAUGGAUUUUAAUUGCAAAACUGACCUGGUAGUGAACAACAUCAGUGAGGUGUUUAAUAAAAUGAUAUUAGAUGUCAGAGGCAAGCCAAUAGUGACCAUGAUAGAAGGAAUUAGGACAAAAUUGAUGGUCAAAUUUAACAAGAAUAGAACAAAGACAGAGACAGCAAAUUGGGAGAAUUGCCCUACCUAUGCUGAAAUGUUAGAGGAGACAAAGUACAACUCAAGGUGGUGCCAGACUUUGAUGGUUGGUCCUAACAUCUACCAAGUGACUAGUGGAGAAAACACCUACUCAGUGAACUUGCUGGACAGAACAUGUGGAUGUAGGAAAUGGGAUAUGACUUCUAUGCCUUGCCAUCAUGCAGUUUCUGCAAUAGUGAAAGCUAACUUGCAGCCAAAGGACUUUGUUGCUGAUUUCUUCAAAAAAGAAAUGUAUAAAAAAGCAUUUGCACAUAUCAUAUUUCCUGUGCCUGGUCCAAACCUGUGGCCAAGGACAAGAACUCAGGACAUAGAGCCUCCAGUAUUCAAAGACAAGGUUGGGAAGCAACAAACAAAGAGGAGGAAAAACCAAUUUGAGAAGCCAACACCAAGAGAUACAUCUAGGAUGGCAUCUAUUACUUGCAGCAACUGCAAACUUGUAGGGCAUAGAUACAAUGUUUGCUCCAAGCCCCUCAAGCCAGCUCUUGCUAUGAGAAUGAACCAGCAUCAGGUCACGGGCUUCUACUUCAACAACAAAUGCAUCUACAACUGCUGCACCACCAAGGAAAAGGCCAUCUUCAUCUACUACUGCACAUACAGCUGUUGCACCACCAAGGAAGAGGCCAUCUCCAUCAACUGCUGCUCCUACACCUGCUGCCACUACACCUGCUGCUCCUCCAAGGAGGUCUCCUAGGAAGAAAGCUACCAAUGCUGGUACAGCCUCUACCUCUGCUGCAGGAAACAUGUCAACUUUUCAAUCUCCAAGACAGAGUGGAAGAAAAAGGACUUCUUCAUUCAAGUUGAAAGAGUACUUCUAUGCUUCUGGGAACUAGAUGCCUUUGUCUUUGUUGGCAUGUGAUGUCUAUGUGUUGGCUGUGAACUAGAUUAUGCCUUUGUUGGCUUUUAGAACCUAUGAUGCCUAUGUUGGCUUUCAACUAGAUUAUGCCUUUGUUGGCUUUCAGAACCUAUGAUGCCUAUGUUGGCUAUGAACCAUUGUUGGUUGUGAGAACUUGGAUGUUUAUCUUAAAUGUUGGCUUAGAUGGAUGUGAGAACAUGAAAAUAAUGUUGGUUGUGAUGCUGGUGAUUCUGGUGAUGAUGUUGGCUUAGAUGGAUGAUGAUGAUGCUUACUAUGAUUCUAGGGUCACUCGGCGUCGAAAAACCCACCAAAGUGAGUCUAGGGUCACUCAGCGUCAAAAAACCCACCAAGUGAGUCUAGGGUCUAUCAGCGUCGAGAAACCCACCAAAGUGAGUCUAGGGUCACUCGGCGUCGAAAAACCCACCAAGUGAGUUUAGGGUCUAUCGGCAUCGACAAACCCACCAAAGUGAGUCUAGGGUCUAUCGGCGUCGAGAAACCCACCAAAGUGAGUCUAGGGUCUCUCGUCAUCAACAAAACCAACCAAAGUGAGUCUAGGGUCUCUCGUCAUCGACAAAACCAACCAAGUGAGUCUAGGGUCACUCGGCGUCGAAAAUCCCACCAAAGUGAGUCUAGGGUCUCUAGGCAUUGACAAAACCAACCAACCAACAGCAUCAGAUUCAGCAUAACUGGAAGAUUCAUACAUAAUCAUAACUAAUAAGUACCAUAUUACACGAUAGUGCUUAAUGCUAAAUAGGUACAUUACAUAACCAUAAUUCAGAUAUUACUAGAUCAUUCAUCUAAUAGUAGUCAUUACAUAACCAUAAUUAUAGUACUCAUCAUCCCAUAACCAUGCUGGUGGUACUAAUAAGCAGCAUAUUACAUUAUACUGCUCAUUCAUCUAAGAUGGCCUUGAUCCCAUUCAGCUUCAGCUUGGUCUGCUCGGCAACCUUCUCAAGCUCACCAAUGUGGGCCUGCGACUUAAUCUUCUCUUCAGCAAGCUUCAACUUCAUGUUCCUAAUGACAUUGGCUUGAGCAACUGUCUGGUUCUUGAGCAUGUCAUACUUCUCCUACAGCUUGCUCUCAUCAGGUUUGUUCUGCAUCUUACCUCUCUCCAACUGAGCCCUCUGCUCCUGGGCAUCCAAAAGGCCGUUGACAUCUUCAACCAACCUCUCAUAACUUGCCUGCAGCUUGAUCUUCUGUUGUGUCAGAUUGUGAACAGCAAAUGAGCUUUCCAGAUUGUCCUCAAUCUUGCUCCUCCUGCACUCUUUAUACUUAUCCCACAACUUGGUCAAUGCAUUCUCCAUUGUAGCUGGCCAAAAUGGAUCAACCCAUUCAACUAGCCCACAGUUUCUUCCCUCCUGUAAUUUUAGUGUUAAACAGGUAUAAAGUAACACAAUGCUACAAAGUAACAAAUGGUGUAAAGUGCUCACUAAUCCACAUGCUAUAAAGUAACAAACAGGUAUAAAGUAACAUAAUGAGUUAAACAAACAUGUAUGAUCUAGCUAUAUGACACAAUGAGUUAAACAAUUACAGUGCUCACUAAUCCACAUGCUAUAAAGUAAGAAGUCUCAAUCAGUGCUCCCAAUCCUAUGCACAUACUGGCAUAUAAACAAUGACCUCCCUAACCCAUUAUCACAGAAAAUACAUAACUAAUUAGCAACCUACCUAAUAGGCCAGAUCUGCUGACAACACUCUGCACAUGCUCACAUAUAAACAAUGACCUCACUGAGCAACUAGCACACAAGAUCUGCUAACUAUAAAAUCAGUACUAAACAGUGACCAGAUUAGCAUAAAUUUGGCACAUAUCUUCACAGCACAAGCAAAGAACCUCCUGCCAGUAUGGAUGCCCUAGAAAGCAACACGCCUCUCUGCUGGCAGGGAGUGUUCAUUGCACAAAACAUCAGGUUCAGUGCCCUCAAAAUCGGAGUCAUCGAUGGUCUCAGGGAUCUGGAGGUGCAAAGGAAAGGCAACAAAACUUCAGAUCAAGCUCAACAGAAAAAUCCCAAAAUCGCAACCCUAACCCUAGCUUGAGCUCGAGCAACUCACCUUGAUGAUGCCCUCGUCUGAAGCUGAGUCGGCAUACUGGUGAGAGUUCUCGCUGAUGUCGUCAUCAGACCAGGAAACCAUGGCGAUGCGGCGGCGACGACGGUCGGAGAUGUGGGAGGGGGCGGCGGCGGCGAACGAGCGGGUAGAGAGAGGGAGAAGGACGGGAGAGAGUGAGGGCUGGGGGGUGGGGCCUGCACCGCUUCGGGGUGUUUGACCCGCCCGACUCGAACCGGUGCGCCAGCGGCGUGUAACACCAUCUAACUGCGUUGCUGUGUGAACAGUGCUGCCACGUCGACGGAUGCGGGCCCCUUUGUCAUAAACGCACUUAAAACGGUCCAAACAAGCAACUAGUGUUUUUUGCAAAAAAUUAUGAAAAAAAUUAGUGCUUUUUGGCACAAUUUCGUAUAUGUGUGGUUCCUGCAAACCUAGCCUGAAGUGUCGAUAUUUUUUGCAAUUCACUCCUGAACCGGACGAUGUCAUCACCGACGAGGAACACAUGAGAGACUGUGAACUGCUAGGGGCAGCCGUGGAUGAAACUGACACCUAUACCAGACUGGGCCAAGAGCAGGCCAACAAGCUCCAUCUCAACUGUUGAAAGGAAAGCCGGUUGAUGAGCUGGAUGAUGUUGCAUUGGAAUGCAAGUACCCUCCAGAGCUUAUUGUAAAGAACAAUUACUUUUUCCACUAUGAAGACAACUUCUUUGGUUGGUAUUUUGAUGCCGAACUCUGUUACAAAGCGUCCUUGAGCGACUACCAGCGGCUAGUCCUUUUAAAUGAUGGUGAUCAGUAUUCGAGUUGGAGAAGAUACCAAACAUUUUAUAGCACCCCUGAAGCUGAUAGAGAUUAUCUCAGCUACUGGGAAACAGUUGUGAAGGAACUUAAAUGGCUUGAGCAGUAUCUGCUGACAAACGAGUCUUCUAUUGAGUGGGCGCAUAAACAUUCAAAGGCUAUGUUCCAAGCAAUCAGGAUCGCUUCUAAGUUUCCCUGCAUGACUCUGAAACUAGCAGCUGUUGGUUUACAUGAGUAUAUAUGGAAUGCGCGCAUACAUCUCAUGUUUGUGAAAGAUCUUGACGGUAUCUUGUAUCAGAUUUGGAGGCGGGUCAAUG